GGGUGAAACCUAUUUCACCAUGACUUCACUCAUCUCUAAAUCAAUUAUCAAGACCCUGUGCGACCACCAGGGAUGUUUGGACUUCAAGCGCCUGGAUGAGACGAUCGCACAGAGUUUCACGGUUGCGGAACCAGUCCUGCGAAGUGUCCUCUUCGACGACGGUAAAAUAGCCAUUCAUGCAGGCAGAGAGAGGGUGACCGGCGGUCAAAUACUCAGCCCGGACAGUCUGGUGGUGGCUAAAACCAAUCUGCGGAUCUGUCAGAAAAAAGCCGGAGAAUGUCAGCAGUGCGACGGUCUACACCUGUGCAAGUUUUAUGUUUGCGGAGACUGCACUUUCGGACAGAAGUGUAAAAAUCCACAUAGUCUGGCUUCUCCGUACAAUGCAAUGAUUUUAAAGAGAUACAGUCUUCACGACUUGACAGAAAAACAGCUGUUCCAGCUGUUACUGCAGAAUGAUCCAUAUCUUCUUCCUGAGAUAUGCCCACAUUACAACAAGGGCAAUGGCGAGUAUGGUUCUUGCGUUUUCACCACCAAGUGCACCAAGCUUCAUGUCUGCCAGCACUAUUUCCAGGGUGACUGUAAAUUUGGUCCCUCAUGUAAGAGACCCCAUAACAUUGAUGCACAAGGAAUGAAAAAUUUCCGUGGAUUCAGUCAGGAGAAUAUUAGAAACCUUCAUGUGACCUACAGAAAUAAACUCAUCAUCACAGGUCAACGAGCUAUUGCUGUUCCUGCGCCGCUAGAGGUCAGAAUCCCACCUCAGCAGCCUUCCCAGCAGGCUUCCCAAAAGCCUUCCCACCAGGCUCGCAAGCAUCCUUCCCACAGCAACCCCGGAUCUCCCACCAGUUCUGCUUGUCCACCUAAACCCAUGAGUGAUGCUGACAGGAAUGAAAUCUGCCUCUACUUCAUUCGGAGGCACUGCAGCUUCAAAGAGAAGUGUGUACGUGUCCAUUGGCACCUACCUUACAGAUGGCAGGUUUUAGACAGCGAUGGUGUGACCUGGAAGGAUUUGCUUGAUAUGGAGGACAUUGAGAAGGCAUAUUGUGACCCAGGACGUGACACAAACAGCAUGACUCAGCCAUCGCCCACCUCAGGGUUUCUCAGUUUCUUGGGUUUCCAAAGCUCUGUAUCCCUCGACAUGGAGGCAGUUGACUUCACAACAAUGAAAUAUAGAGGAUUUCCAGUUCGUCGCCUGUCCACCGCCUCCUCUGUCUCAAAGCCCCCCCACUACAUUCUCACAACACAGUGGCUUUGGUACUGGAAGGAUGAAAAUGAGAAAUGGGUAGAGUUUGGACAGGGUGACACACCAGCCUCUAUCACUUCUGAAACUCUGGAGAAUGUAUACCUGGCAGACAGAGAUACAGACAUUCCUUUUAGUGCUGGCAAACAGCAAUAUGUGCUCCGCUUCAAAGGCCAGCCAGGAACCCAGCAGAUGUAUCAAGAGAACUUAAAAUACAAAACUCAAAGAGAGGUCAGACGGAGGCCUCGCUUUGUGUCCGCUCAUGACGUGAAGACGGAGAGUGCACCAUCACAGAGCUCCAGCUCCUCCACAGCUGAAAGUGUCCCACCCCACUGGGACAAGAAUGCCCUACCUGAUUUUGGAUACAAGCUAGUACCUCUCUCCAAAUCUGUGACAGACUUUAGUAUGAUCGAGAAGUUGUUUAGGCGCACUAUGCCUCAGAGUAAAAUUAACAGCAUCCAGAGGAUCCAGAACCCCUCACUGUGGAAAGUCUUUCAAUGGCAGAGAGAGCAGAUGAAGAAGAGGAAUGGAGGGAAACUUGUGGAUGAGCGGUACUUGUUCCAUGGGACAGAUGAGUCCCUGAUUGAGGCCAUUUGUGAGCAAAACUUUGACUGGAGGAUGUGUGGUGUCCAUGGUACGGCCUACGGCAAAGGGAGCUACUUUGCCAGAGAUGCGUCCUACUCAGACAGAUAUGCCAGAGCCAAAGGAAGCCUAACCAAGAUCAUGUUUGUUGCUCUUGUCCUGGUGGGGGAGUACACCAGAGGAAGCAGCAGCUUUGUCCGACCCCCAUCAAAAGAUAACAACAGAACCCUCUACGACAGUUGUGUCGACAGCCAGAGCAACCCCAGCAUCUUUGUUGUGUUUGAAAAGCAACAGAUUUAUCCAGAAUAUCUCAUCAAGUACUCGUAAGUCAUAAUGCUGUUGUUUCCUUCUCUGACGAUUUUUGGUCAGGGAUGAACUGCUUAUCCUUGGUUAGUAGCAGCUAGUGGCUUUGUUAAAGGUUUGUGGAGUUUUACAUUGGUGGAAACACUAAGAUUCUGCAUUCAUACUCUUACUUUAGUAAAAUCACAGAAGUUUCAUCAACAAAAUAUGCUUUCAAAAGUAAAAGCAGUGCAAUGACUCUAUAUUAAGGUGGAGCUAAUUUUAGCUACUUUAUACUGUUGGGUGGUCUGAUCUAUAGCAAAGCAUUAUAUUUUAUAAACUGAUAUUUACAAUAUUUCGCUCUGAAAUGGAGUGGAGUAAGAUUCAAGAGUAUAAGUGUAAAGUAGGAGAAAACAAAAAUUAAUCAGUCAGACUUUAUAUGAGUAACAUCUUUCAUACAAGUCAGUGCAGUACUGCUUCAAAGACAAAAUAAGAUAUGAUAGGAUUUGAAGAUUUCAACACUUCCAGCUCCGCUCAGGUCCACAGGCAGACUCUUCCAGCCUCACAAAAGGUUUUAAAUUACUCAAUGAGAUUUUUUUGUGUGAUCAUUGCAGAUGUAUUGAUGUAUAUGUAAUGUGCCAAGAAAUACUCAUGAUUGUUGGUGGCUCUUUUGCUGUGCUAGGAAGGAUGCUAUGGGCAACAAAAUUAUCUGGUGUUCAAAUUCAAAAAGAUUGAAAUGAUUGUUAUGUAAUAAAAACAUUUCAAAAUGCCAGUUAAA